AUGUUCUUGGUAUUUCUGAUGUUUCUGGCAACCCCCCAGUCUCCUCCCACUGGCCAUGCUGUGGAUUGCGUGGAUUGUAUAUAAUAUUUUGCAUAGCCGUGUAAGGCUAAUAAGUGGGAGUAAACAUUGCGUUGUCCCACUGCAGUGAGUGCUGCUCGUCCUGUGUGUGUCAAUCCUUUGCUGCUUCUUCCCUGCACCGCCGCGUUCUUUACCCCCCCACUAGUGCCCGACUCUCAUUAUCCGCGACCCCGUGGUGAAUGUGAAAGGCUGGAGCCCCUCCUGCGGUACCGACGCUCCCAAUCUAAGCCCCCUCGGGUCAGUGCUUGAUCUCUGCACCUCUGGAUUCCCCCGGAGCCGCGCUGCAUGAGUCGCCCUAUAUGUUUUACGUGGGAUUGUUCUUUGUGAACGUGCUCAUCCUCUAUUAUGCCUUCCUGAUGGAGUACAUCGCCCUCAACGUGGGCAUCGUCUUCCUUCCCGAGGAUAUGGACCAGGCUCUGGCGGAACUGGGAGUUCUUUCUGACCCCGCUUCCCUGCUCUACGAAGCCGACAACGAGCUGGACGGAUACCUGGAAUAAAGGAAGCGAAUAGGAGCACUGGGGAUACAAUGGUGUCAGUAUGGAGGUCUGGGAGAGGCAAUUGGCCAAAGCAGGCUUGUGUUUGCUCCAAAAUGUCCUCCUCCUCGGCACCGGGGCUACUGCGGACAGAACAUGCGGCCGGAUCAGUGCGCGAGGGACACGGCUGAGGUUUAAGGCCUAUUGUGUGACAUGAAGAGAGCCUUGGGCAGAACAAUGAAGAAGCGGAGAGUAUCGUACGCUGAAAAAAGCAUGUUAGCAAGAAGAAACUGCGCUUAACGCAUAUGCCACCUUUCUGCAAAAUAUAUAUAUAUAUUAUUCACUUAUGUUCAGCGUUUCUGAGCUCCACUUGUGUCAUGGACAGAAUUAACUUUUAUAAUGGACCUGACUUAUGUACUGGUCUCCCCUCCUAUUAAUGUUCUGUCACAAACUGGUAAAUGUAAGAAUAUGGAGCAUCUACUGAAACAGAAACAGCAAUGGGUAAUAUAUGAAACAAUGUGUACCUCAGUGUUGUGUCAUAGGAUAUUGUAUAAUGACUUAAAACGGCCCGUUUAAGGGCCUCAAAGUUGGAUUUUAAAUCUCCUUUACCUGCACACCAGCAAUAACAUUAACACAUUAGUUUAUAUUGGGAUGGCUUCGCCAUGUUUCGAGGAGUUGCCUGCAAUGCUUGAAAAUGUCUCUAACUUUGAAGGAUAUUCUAACCCUCCAUUUCCAGCCAGUCAAAACUUGUGUCUUCCUACGAGGCACAAAACCGUACGGGUCCCAUUCACUCACAAGUAUCUUACUACAUUUUGUGUGGAAUUUCACGUAUCUGAAAUUUAUAUUGCCUAAUAAAUGGUGGACACAGUGAUCCACUGUAAAAACAGUCCCCAGAUAAUUGUUACAUAAAUGAUUACAAUAGUUUCUAUAAAAAUAUUUUCUGCCUUUUGUUGUUACUGCAUUCAUUUUCCAAGUUUCUUUAAGAUUAAUCUAUCUCCAAUUAGACAUUUGUGUAUAAAUUUCCAUCCAACUGGAUAACUCCUUGGCCAUAGCAUUUUACAGCUGUGGUCAACAAUAACAUUAUUUUUAAAAACUUACAAACUGCUCUUACAUAAACUGAUCUAUUGCUGAAUACAUUUGAAAUUGACAAAUCAGGUUUCUAUAAAUUCUUGUUUCACUAUUAAGAUUACAGAACUUUGCUAUUCCAUUCAAAACAUAAUAUUCAAAGGGACCCCGCUUUUACCUUUUCCUGGGAAACAAAAAAAAAAAAAUUGGCAUAAAAUUCAGGAAAAC